AUGAGACUUUUGGUCAUUAUCUUUGUUGUCACAUUCAUCUGUACAGUCUACGCAGGCGGCAAUUGCGUUCAGGCGUUCUGCUAUAAUGAAAUCAAAUAAUGUAGGGAGGAUUCGACUUGUCAAUAACAUAUAGCCAAGUGCACAAAUGACUUCAGAAAGAAUGUUAAAAAGGCCUAAGAUUCCAAAGCCUACAAGGGAACUGAACACGCAUUGGAUGAUGUAUAGCCAUUUCAAUCAUUAUGCUAGUUCAAUUAUUGCAUGCGAACUCACUAAGGUGCCAGAGCCAUUAACGACUGUUCAGCAAGGCAUUGUCUCAAAACCAAUUUGAUUGGCAUCGACAUCGAAAUUGAGAACUUAGAGAAAAUUAUUGCAUGA